UGUAACUAUAUUUUAGAACCAAAUAAUAAUUUUUUCUUAGUACAAUGGAUCUACAAGACCUUAUCGCAAAAAAGAAAUUGUCACUAAAGUCUUGCAAAACUAUGAUAACGGAUUCGUUGGGCAACAAAUAUGAGGUCGAGCAAGGUCGAGUGAAGAAACUAGAAAGAGGACUGCCAUUUGUGGUAGAUGAGAAGCCUGAUCUACAAGUUGCCAGUGUAAUACCGGGACUGUAUCUCAGCUCUCAAGAUCCAGUGGUUUGCAGUGAUAUAUUGAAGAAAUACAAAAUAGGACAUAUUUUGAGCAUAGGUAUUAACAUUUCUGAGAAAUUUGACGAUAUUCGGUAUUAUAAUUCUGAUUUGUUAGACUUGCCAGAAUCGGAUAUAAUGCCGUCAAUAAAGGAAUGUGUCGAUAUCAUACACGCGAAUCGUAAAGAAAAUAUUCUUGUGCAUUGUAACGCUGGUGUUUCUCGCUCUCCCGCAAUCAUUAUUGCUUAUUUAAUGACGACGAUGAAACUGUCGUACAAUGAGGCUUAUGAAAAAGUAAAAGGGGCAAGAAGUUGCAUCAAGCCUAACGACGGAUUCGUAAGACAAUUGCAAAGUAUUGAAAAUACUUCUCUCGAUAAACUGUAAUAUUCUGAUAUAUUUAAAACGUGACAAAGAUUUUAUAUACCUUGUUGUGCAACAUCCGCGACUACUAAUGUGACUACGUCCAUUAUUUUAUUUGUGGCCAAAAUCAAAGAGGCAGAAAAGAGAUAAUACACAUGUGAUAGAGCAAGUAAAUGGAUCAAUGAUGUAGUAUAUUGUUACAAUAGAAUCCACGUGUUAUAACAUUAUUUACUUAUGUGUACAGAGAAUAUUGUUUUAUAUAAUUACAAUAUAUCUUAUUAUAUUAUAACUCAUUAGAAAAUUAUAUUCAUGCACAGCAUCUAUCAAAUUCUUAGCCAAAACUAAGCAUAUUAAAAUUUACUAAUUCUGGCUCUCUUACAUUUAUCAUGCAUUGGAGAUGACACAUAGGUCGCCGUACCAAGUAGAUUUAUAAAAAUUACUGUAAAUCUAAAAAAUAUAAGUGAAUUUCUGUAUACAUGAUAAUCUCCUAUUAUUUAAUUCGCAAUAUAGUGUAUCAUUAUACCCAUGGUACCUAUAUAUAUUACCUAUUACAUAUUACAUAUAUUAAUGUAUAGAAUAGUUAUUAUCAGUAUCCAUAUAUGUGUGAUGUGUUAUAUACAGGAUGUACUAAAACCACCAGAUGAUACUUUAAGGACGGACAGUUUUUUUUUUU